CGCGGGAGGUGUCGCGAAAAAUGGUUAGAAUAGCGAGCAAGCGUGCUAGGACUCCGAAUUGGUCGCCCGAAGAAAAACAAUACCUGCUGGAACUAAUCAAAGAGCACAAGGAAGUGGUUAUCACUAAACCUAACAAUGGACCUAACCAUUCCGAGGAAAAAGAUGUAGCGUGGAACGAUAUCCUACGUAAACUAGCUGUGAAGUUCGGUAACAAAUUCACUGGACUGUCCAUCAAGAAGGUUAAAACCCAAUGGCAGAACAUGAGACGCAUCGCUCGCGAUGAAAUUGUCCAUAACGCAGGCGUGGUAAAUAAAUAUUCGAGGCAGUCCUUUGAAGUGUGUAACUUACUAGAUUUAAUUAAGGAUGGAGUACUUAAGGACGAGAAGGAGUCGAACGAAACAACUAUGACAACUAACAUUGAAAUUAAGACUGAAAGCAUUGAUGAAGAUACUAGCCAACCAAGCUGCAGUAACACCAAUCUAUACCAAGAGAGCUUACAGGAAAAAGUCAACGAUACAAGAGCAUCCUCGUCAUGUGUUUCCGAGUCAACUGAAAUUAUGGGCGCUGAAGAUCCCGUGGAGAAUCAGGAGAAUAUAAUUAACAAGAAAUCUGCCAGUUCCAUGACUGAACCUACACUUUUAGAGGAUAGUGGGGCGAGUGUGCCAGUUGAUACAGAAAAGCAAGAGUUUUUAAAGUAUUCAGUCACAGAAAAACAACUAAAAAUAGAAUCCUUGAAAGAAGAACGCCAAGUCUUUAGGGCUAUGCGAGAAACUGCCGAACUAAAUAAGAUUAUUGCAGAACAAAAACUGAAACAUAUUCUUUGGAUGAAAAACCGAGAAAUGGCGAUAGUACAAGUCGUGCAAUUACGGUCAAUCAUGAAUUUCUUAGCAAGGACAAGAACUCCCGUAUUACGUGCAAUUUCAGUUAGAAUGUAUGCUGGUGAGCCAGGCUCUGGCGCUGGAAAGGGUGGAGGUGGCGGUGGUGCCAUCCGUGAAGCUGGUGGUGCGUUUGGCAAGAUGGAGGCUGCUAGGGAAGAUGAAUACUUCUACAAAAAGCAAAAAGAACAGUUGGCCAACUUGAGGGGGCAUUUAGACAAAGAGAUUGCCUUUCACCAAGAGCAGAUUAAACGCCACGAGGAUGCUAUCCGUCGCCACAAAGAGCAAAUGGCUGGAAUGAACCCUGAAAAGUAGAUUAUAAACACCAAUUUAUCCUAAAUGUCCAUUAGAUGAUAGGUUUUGCUGUCUCUGCCACAGUUGCGAGUGUGACUGACGGAUAUCCUGCUGUAUAAGGGCUGGCGUCCACUGGGCUCGCCGAGCCCUGUCGAAUCAAAUCAUAAUUUCACUGCCUAUAUAUUUACGCUGCAGUGCGCCGAGUCGAAUCUCUUGUCAAAUCAGUCGCCUCAUUUAAGUUCAAUUCGACGUGCCUUACCUAACCUAAUGUCCCC